UCCACAUUCGUAUGACACAAACCAGUAAAUUAUUUGAUCUUAAUUUACUGCAUAAACAAAAAUCAAACUUUACACGUCGUCUAAUUUCUCCCUAAUUUUAUUUAACCACCUUAUAUUUUUCCUUUCGUUAGUACGGAAAAUACAAUGUUAUCAAACAUAUUAUAUUAUCCAUAAAAUUGAAAAAUCAAAUAUUGACUAUAUUUGUAAUAAAGUCCUUGAUUUUUAUGAAAAAUCGGGUACUUACUGAAAGCACAAUCAAUUUAAAAACGUUGAUAUGAAAGAAGUGCAGCAAUCUCAGAAAAAAAACUACCAAUUCAAAGGUAAAACAUUUUUUCCUAGUUCAACAAUUGUCCUUUGUGAUUCAAUAUUCAUUUUCGAAAACCAUAUUGAUCGAAUUUUCCUAAUUAACAGUGUUCCCGGUUAAAAAUUUUUACCCACAGAUAAUCGCGUCUAUUUGGUUCUAUUCUAUUUUCAGGAUAUUCCAGUAGGACGUAAGACACUCGUUUCUAUCUUCCCUGUCCAGUUUGUGCCACAACAACUCAAUUGGGUUGAAAUCGGGCGACUGUGCCGGCCGAAUCAUUACUUUCAGUACAUUUAAUGAAUCGAUUAUGCGGUGGGUAAAAACUUUCGACCGAUAGUGUAAAUACGUUAAAAUAAAACGCAAUGUAGCAUUGCUAAACCAAUACAGGGUGGUCAAUGCCACGAGACGGUCUAAAGGACAUAUGUUUCUAAGCGCAAAACUCGUACAGUUGGUAAAGAACACCCUGUACUUGUACUUGGAACUGACAUAAUUAGGAGCAGAGAUAUGAAAGUACCUUAACCAUUGUUGAAAACGCGAAAAAACAAUAGGUACAAUCACCUGCAAUACCAUUCAAAUAACUAUGAUUUAUCGUCGAAUUUAUUUUAAACAAUGAACAAAAUGUUUCACAUGACAAUAAACGAGAUAGAACCUUGGAAAUAACCGGUUUUCGCCAGAUUUUUUGUAUUUGAUAACAAAUAUCUGAUUGUUUAAUAUUUUUAAGAUUGAUUCUUCUAAAAACACUCCCUAGUUUUUACAAAAUCGUCAAGGAGGACUCAGUGCUAGCCGAAGGGUUUUUCUAUUCGUUUUUAAUUUAUCGGUUUUAGAAAUUUAAACCAUUCCAUGGUAAAAAUCACUUUGAAGGGCGUUCAAAUGGAUUGUAUUAGAGAUUAUUUUCAAAUCCAUUUAGAUGUUGUUGAAGUAUCUAAAAAUUCCUUUUUCGGAAGACCAAAUCCCGGGUACAUUGCAGUAAACGUUAGCUUUUAUUCGUAUUCAAUUCAAAAUGCAUCCCACCACAUCAUUUCCUAUGGCAUAUUCCGUAUGUUUCUGCUUUAGACAGAACUUAUUCUUAACCAACUGUUUAGAACGACAUUUAAGCUGCUCCUACUCGAGAUUUCUAAUCUCUAAUUUCUAGUCUCUAAUCUUCCUGUCGGUUUCCUCCAUGAUAUCUAGCGUAUUCUGCUGGGUCCUGGUGGCUUGCCUCACGACAUAUUUUGCAGACCUUGGAGCUUCUUUUGGUUCCAUGGAUCAAGUCUGCUCAACCUUUUGAAGAGUCGCACCAAACGGUGGAUUUAGGGAGCCAUUUGAUCCAAAACCUGUAACGCCAGGUCAGUUAUUGCUGGAAAUUCUCCUUUUGGUACCAAAAAUCUGCAAAAUCUUCUGAAGAAUUUCGUGCUUUCGAAGAAAGUCCCUUUCUGCUCUAAAAAUUGCGACACCUGUUGUCGCAAAUUGAGCAAAUGUUUCAACAUGCUGCCCCUUGAAAGCCAUCGCACAGCACAGUACAGUUGUAACUCUCCAUAUUCACAGUCAGCUGCAAUUUGCUGCACCCGUCAACGUUGAUGGUUGACAGUUGACAGUAACGUGACACGGACGGGGUCGAUCACUAUGUAUUUUGAAACCACACUUGCGCGGGCCACUUAAAAUUUAAUCGCAGACCACACUGUGGCCCGAGGGCCUGGGAUUGAACGGCCUGGCCAUAGAUAAUGUAUUUUCAUGACGUAUAUAAUGACCCCGACGACGUGGAACUAAGUGAGAUCCGGCGAUCUUAUCGACAAAAUAAUGCCUUAAGAAAAAUGAGAAAACGGGCUGUUUUUAAAAACGGAGACUGCAACAUCCUGCAAUCGAGAAUCUCAAAACGACGCCUUCGAUACCUUCAAGAUAUUUUUACGACUUUAGUAGAUUCGCAAUGGAGGUGGACGCUUACGAUAUUCGCAAUCGGUUUCAUAGGGUCUUGGCUCAUAUUUGCACUAAUUUGGUGGUUGAUUGUUUUCACGCAUGGCGAUCUUGAAGACGAACAUUUACCAACGAGACAAGCCGAAUCCAAUUGGUCUCCUUGCGUAUUAAACAUUUAUGGAUUUACUUCGUGUUUUUUGUUUUCUAUUGAAACCCAACACACCAUAGGUUAUGGUGUAAGGACUACAACGGAAGAAUGUCCUGAAGCGAUAUUCAUCAUGUGUCUUCAAAGUAUAUCCGGAAUGAUAAUUCAAGCUUUCAUGGUAGGAAUAGUUUUCGCUAAAAUGACACGUCCCAAACUUCGUACCCAAACGCUCCAAUUUUCCAAAAACGCCGUGAUUUGUCAAAGGGAAGGUUAUUUGUGCCUCAUGUUCAGAGUGGGAGAUAUGCGUAAAAGUCACAUAAUAGGAGCGAGCAUUCGAGCCCAACUCAUAAGGGCUAAAACGACCAAAGAAGGGGAAACCCUCAACAAUUUUCAAACGGAAUUGACAGUGAAUGCCGAUGGUUGCGAAAGUAAUCUCUUCUUUAUUUGGCCGAUGACGAUUGUCCAUCGAAUAGACGAGGAAUCGCCGUUUUAUUUUCUCACCGCUAGCGAUAUACUCAACGAAAAAUUCGAAAUAGUAGCGAUUUUGGAAGGUACUAUCGAAAGUACGGGGCAAUCGACUCAAGCUCGAUCGAGUUAUAUAGCUAACGAGAUAUUGUGGGGACACAGAUUCGAACCUGUCGUUUCUUAUAAUAAAGACAGACAAGGAUACGAAGUUAAUUAUUCCAAAUUCGAUAAUACCAUUGCCAUAGAUACACCUCUGUGUUCGGGAGCUGAUUUAGCAGAGUUUCAUAAAAUGCAACAGUUAUCUGAUAUGGAUAUGAGAUUUCUUUCUCCAAAUCGUAUUUCUCCAAGUAACAGUUUCCUUGUUCAAAGUGCUCCUAUUUCGAGAGUUCCUUCGCUAGAACCUAUUUUCAGAAAAGAACCAUAUUUUGAUGUUUUUUAUAAAGAACCAACAGCUCAAACGGACGAGAUUCCAAAUGUAGAAAAAACACAAAAGAAGAAUAAAAACUUUAAUAAGAGUUUAGAAGAUAAUAAAACUCUUAAAGAUAACGAAAGCAAACGAAAAGCCACUUCGAUGAAUCCUGGGAAGUUGCAGUACGACAUUUUAGAAGAAAAAGAAGACGAACAAGAAGAAGAAGAUAUUGGGAAAUUGAUUUAAAUUGUGUAAAUAAAGUUAAUUUAAUGUUAGCUCGUUUCAUAUUAAAUUUAUUUUUAUAUUAAACAGUUAUUUUAUUUUUGUUUCACUCUUUAAUAGACAAAUAAAUAUUUUCUAUUUACCGACUCGAGAAAUUUGAUUUGGCAACGUUGUAUAUUUCUAUGGAACACAGCUUGGUUCGCGGAUUGAAUUCCGAAUCAGUUAAGGACCGAUUCGGAAUUUCACUAGCGAACAAAAACAGCGUACUGAAGAAGUUUCCAUCGAGUUUUUC